AUGCAAGCAAUUACGAAUGAUAUCGGAAUUAAUCACAUUUUCUCAACACCUUUUCAUCCUCAAACAAACGGAACAAUUGAAAGGUUUCAUGCGACAAUCAAAACACAAUUAUGUAAAUUACAAGAUCUGAAUCAUAAUAAUUGGGAUCAAUAUUUGUCACCAACUAUUUAUGCUUACAAUAUCGGUCAACAUCGAACAACUAAAUAUGCACCAUAUCAAAUAUUAUAUGGAAAACACCCUACUUUACCAUUAACUCAACCCCAACCUAUGUUACAAUUCAUAAGAUCAAAUGAUUAUUAUAAUCAAUUUCGUCAAUACCGUAUAUUUAUCAUCCAACAAGCUCGCAGGAGCAUUCAACAACAACAGCAGCUGAGUAAGAAACGUUAUGAUCAACAUCGGCAACAUAUUCAGUAUGAAAUAGGACAAUUGGUAUUAGCAAAGCCAGCUGUACAAAAUAAUAAAAUAAAUGCGGAAACCUCGGAUUUAAAUCCGAGAGUUAUGUGUACUUCAAAAAGUGAAUGA